GCGCUAAUGGGCGCGGCUGGGACCGGUGCCCAAAUCUGUGUUUUGACUUGCCUGGGAAAGUUGAAGGAAAAGGCACAAAAGGACCGAGGACUUUAAGAAGAACAUCCCACCACGGCGCGUCCUCUUAAACGCGUGUUUCCCCCCGUGGACGUGAUCAGUCGGUUGGUCUUGAGAGGAAUCGGGAUUUGCUUCAUUGUUGUUCGAGCUGGCUAAAGAUAAGAUGGGAUGGACGAGUUAACAGGACAGAUGGACUUCUCUGGAGGCUUGUCAGGAGAAAGGGUUGUGACAGAAACCGUAACCACGACGACCAGACUGACUUCUCUACCACCAAAGGGAACCAGCGGAUCAAAUCACAGGAAUAUGUCCAGCGGUGCUGGAGGGCUGGGCUUGGAGAAGAAUGUCUUAACCCAGAACAGCAGUGGAACUUAUUUCUCUUCAUCCUCUGUAGGUGUGAACACCAGCAACUACAGCUCCUCCUCAGGAGUUUACCUAGGAGGAGACUCCUCAGGGGGAGGCGAUGGAGGGGGGAGCUUCAUAGACGGUGAGGGGUACAGAAGUGGAGGAGGAGGAGGAGGAGGAGGAGGAUUGGGCGGAGGCAGUUAUUUCGUGAGCUCGGUGUCAAAGGUCAGGUCCAGCUCGUCGGGUGGUGCCAGGAGAGCGCAGACUGCUGGCUCAUCAGGAGGCCUGUCGCCAGCUUUCCGGGAGAGGAAGAACAUAUCCAGCCGCUCAGGGGGUUAUGACGGAAGUUCUAGUGCUAAUUCCUCUCCAGAAUUUACACGAAAAGAUUAUGGAAACUACUGCUCCAGCACCACAAGGGGGAGGAGCGAGAGCAGAGAGAGCGAGAUCAGAGCCAGACUACAAAGUGCCUCUCCCACUGCUUGCAGAUGGACGGAGCUGGACGACGUGAAGAAGCUGCUGAAGGGACGUUCCAGCAGCGUCAGCCCCACUCGCUCCUCCACCGCCUCCAUCACCCUGCCUGUCCCUAAAAAGGCCAGCGUGGAAGCCAAGACCGUCUCUGUGGCCACACAGUCGGUUUCAACUUCAUUUGGCUCUGGUGUGAAAUCAGGUGGAUUCCACACCAUUGAUGCGUCAGGCCUGUAUGAUACCAGUCUGGAAUCUGGGCGUAUUGAUACUGGCGUAAAAUCAGGCCAAUAUGAUGUCACUCUGAUAUCAAGACAGUAUGACACUGGUAUGAAAUCAGGCCAGUAUGAGACCAAUCUGAAAUCAGGACAGUUUGAUACUGGUGUAAAAUCUGGCCAGUAUGAUGUCACUCUGAAAUCAGGACAGUAUGAUACCGGUCUGAAGUCAGGACAGUAUGAUAUCGGUCUGAAAACAGGGCAAUACGAUACUGGUGUAAAAUCAGGCCAGUAUGAUGUCACUCUGAAAUCAGGACAGUAUGAUACCAGUGUGAGAUCAGGCCAGUAUGAUACCAGUGUGAGAUCAGGCCAGUACGACACCAUGAGAUCAGGCCAGUACGACACCAUGAGAUCUGGCCAGUACGACACCAUGAGAUCUGGCCAGUAUGACACACUGGACGCAACACUUCCAACUUUCGCUUGGUCCACCUCCACGCUGCCCUCCUCCUCCACCACGGCGGUCACUGGCAACACCAGCAGCUACACGUACCAGGUCAGCAACAACAUGUCAGGAGGAACCUCUCUGGUCGCCCCCACCUCACCCUCGGCUCUGUCAGUUUAUGGUUUUCAGAAUAACCUGGCGCCCACCUCUGGCAGUGUGCUCACCACCAGUGGAGCCAACAUAAAUGCUAACUUAGGAGGUUAUGGUGUUCAGAAGAACGUGUCCAAUAGCGGUGGUGUCGUCAGCACUGGAGUCUCUACAACCACUAGAUCCCAAACUGAUGAAACAUAUAAGAAAGACUAUAAGUUCUUGAUCUCUGACAAGGAGAAUGUCCAAGCCAAGAGGGACACGGAGACGCUCAUCUUGGCUAAAGACAGCGGGAAGCAGUUCACCACCACCAGCAGCGGUGUUUUAGGAGGAGGGUCACUAUCUGGAGAUUCAAUAAAGAAAGAGAAGCUUAUUUCAAGCUACAGUGAGACGGCCCCACUGAAGACAGAGUCGGGCAACACUUACUAUGGAUCAUCGGGAGUUGUAAUGAAAGACAAAGCCACCUAUGCAGAGAUUCACAGGGACAGUGGCAUCUUCAGAGGUGGAGGAUUUUGCUGCUGCUCUGACUCUUGUUGCUCCUGGUGGAAAUGGCUGCUGGGCCUUCUCCUCCUCUCCCUUCUCCUGCUGGGACUCCUGUUUGGCCUCAUCGCACUGGCUGAGGAUGUGAGAAAGCUGAAGAAUCGAGUGGCCACCCUGGAGGCUCAGUCGGCCGCCACAGCUCAUACCAGUCGGUUCUCAGGUUCUUCCAAUGACAUCAACAGCCAUGUGGGAGUUGGAGGCGGAGGCUCAGGCAUUGGUGCUGGCGGCUUCACGGGCAGCAGCAGUGGCAAUGAUAUCGGCACUGCAGGAAGCUUUGGUGGUGCCAGUGGGGCCAGUGGUGCCAGUGGGGCCAAACAACACUUACUUAGUAUUCAGAAGAUGUAUAGGCCGCAUCGUGCACUAGAUAACAAAAGAGCCUGGCUGGCCUGGAGGCUAGGAUGGGCCUGCGGGACCAGUGGAGGGGACCUGGAUAGUGACAGUGAGAGUGGGGAGGAAGACCCUCAGGGCCUGCGUGUCCCAUUGCACCUGGAGCACCUGAGGUCAAAGGUCACACACUGCCGCCGCUGCUACCGUAACCAGUACCAGCUCUGCCGCCGCUGGUACCGUAACCACUACCAACACUGCCAGCGCUUCCACUAUGACUGGAAGCUUUGGUGGUGCCAGUGGGGCCAGUGGUGCCAGUGGGGCCAGUGGGCCAGUGGGGCCAGUGGUGCCAGUGGUGCCAGUGGGGCCAGUGGGGCAAGUGGGGCCAGUGGGGCAAGUGGGGCAAGUGGGGCAAGUGGGGCAAGUGGGGCCAGUGGGGCCAGUGGGGCCAGUGGGGCAAGUGGGGCCAGUGGCGGAGUCACCGACACCAGCUUCGGUGGCAGCGCUGGCAGUGCUGGUACUGGUUAUGGUAGCAGCGGCGGCAGUGCUGGUACUGGUUACGGUAGCAGCGGUGGCAGUGCUGGUACCAGUCAUAGUGGAAGCUCUAGCAGUGCUGGUACCAGUCAUAGUGGAAGCGCUGGCAGUGUUGGUAGUGGUUACGGUACCAGCGGCGGCAGAGCUGGUACUGGUUACGGUAGCAGCGGCGGCAGUGCUGGUACCAGUCAUAGUGGAAGCUCUAGCAGUGCUGGUACCACUUAUGGUGGAAGCGCCGGCGGUUCUGGUACCGGUUUCAGCGGUGGCACUGGCUUUGGGACUGGCAUGAGUGGAGGACACAUAGACGCUGCUGUUCUUCAGAUGACAAUCCAACACAUGCUCAGAUCUGAAAUGCAGUCACAGACUUUCAGAGCUUUUCUAACAUCCUCAGUGCAGGGAGAGAGAGGGCUGCCUGGACCAAAAGGUGAACCCGGAUCUAAAGGUGAUGCUGGUUUCCCUGGAAUUCCAGGUGCUCCAGGUGCAAUGGGACACGCAGGCCCUGAGGGUCCUAAAGGACAGAAAGGAAGCCAAGGUGAACAUGGGAUGGAGGGGCCACCAGGUAUCAGGGGUCGUGAGGGCCCAGCUGGCCCCAGAGGUGAGCCAGGAACUGCAAGCUUUGGACUGAAAGGUGACAGAGGUGCUCCUGGAGAGCCUGGGGUUCCUGGGUCUGUGGGACCUGCCGGCCAGAUGGGACAAAAAGGCUCAGCAGGAGCUCCUGGUCUUUCUGGGCCACCAGGUCAACCAGGUCCUCAGGGUUUCCGUGGCGAGUCAGGGUCACCUGGGUCUAAAGGUGACAGAGGACUUGCUGGAUUUCAGGGACUUAAAGGUGAAGCUGGAGACAAAGGUCUCAGAGGUCUGCAAGGUGAUACUGGUUUACCAGGUCUGCCUGGGCAAGCUGGAGAGAAAGGAUCCAAAGGGUCAAUGGGAUUGUCUGGACAUGAUGGUGCAAAAGGAUCAAGAGGUGACCAAGGAUCUGCUGGGCCACCUGGACUCAGGGGACCUGCUGGGCCUCCCGGUGAUGCUGGACUUCCAGGAGCACCUGGGCUUCAAGGACCACCAGGGAUACCAGGGAAUCCAGGACAACCUGGCGCCAAAGGUGACACUGGUGAACCCGGAAGAAUUAUCAAUGCAGCUGGUUCCACAUCUAUUGGCAUCCCAGGACCACCUGGGCCCUCUGGUCCUCCCGGCCCUGCUGGACCUCCUGGAUUGUCAGGUCCCAUUGGCCCUGCUGGUCUGCCUGGCCAGCCUGGUCCUAAAGGUGACAGAGGAUAUAAGGGAGAACAGGGAGAAGCAGGAAUAUCAGUGAGAACGACUGAAACUAUAAGUUCAACUGGAGCAAGGACUCAGUUUAGUUCUGGUGGAGCCUCAGCACUACCUGGCCCACCUGGCCCACCGGGUCCACCUGGUCAUCCUGGACGUCCAGGAGAUUCAAGACAAGGACCUCCAGGACCACCUGGGCCUCCAGGUCAGCCAGGUUAUGGAAGACCAGGACCUAAAGGAGACAGAGGAGAGUCAGGCUUUACAUCCAGCUCUGGAACGUUUUACACUGGACCACCAGGACCACCUGGGCCUGCUGGGCCUAAAGGAUCAACAGGUUCUCCUGGACCAAGGGGCUACCAAGGUGAACAAGGACAGCCAGGAAGACCAGGAAGCUCUGGGGGAGUGUCAACUUAUGCUGGAGGACACGGGAUCCCUGGUCCACCAGGUCCACCAGGGCCACCCGGACGUCCAGGACCACAAGGAAUCAAAGGGGACACCGGAGCUCCUGGUAUUUCUGGCUCUUCAAGAGGCUCCAUUUCUGUCACUUCAGGUCCUCCUGGUCCCGCAGGCCCUCCUGGCCCUCCAGGCCAGCCAGGCUCUUUUGCUUCUUCUAGUGAGAUGCGCCUAUACAUCUCUGAAUAUCUAAAUAGAAUCAGACAGUCUGGUAACCCUGGACCUCCAGGUCCACCUGGGCCUCCAGGAAUCCCUGGAACCUACUCAGGCUCUAUAGAGGACAUUGCCGCUCGGAUCAUUGCCUACCUGCGAAGUUCAGGCUCAGGCCUCAUCAUUGGUCCUCCAGGACCACCAGGUCCUCCUGGACCUACUAUUGAACUUCAGUCAGUCAGUGAUGUCAUUGCUGUGCUUCGGAGAGAUGAUGUGAGGAGAUAUUUGAUCUCAAUUGCACAACAACAACAACUACCAUCAGGGGGAUCAAACGGACUUGUAGGCAGUUACAGUAUAGAACAGAUAGCGACAUAUGUCUUCAAUAUCAUGAAUGACAGAGGGAUUGCUAGAGGUCCACCUGGGCCACCUGGUCCUCCUGGGCCUGCUGGUGCAGGAGGUUCUGGCUUCAGUACAGCUACAAUUGACUAUUCUGCACUGAUGAGAAAUACAGACUUCCGCUCUUGGAUCAGCUCUGCCAUACAACAUGGUCCUCCUGGUCCUCGAGGUGAGCCAGGGCUACCUGGCCCUGCUGGCCCUCAGGGGCCUCCGGGAGUCUCCACUGCCACUGUGUAUGGGGCGGGAGGUCGUGGCUACAGCUUGGAGGACAUUCAGCGUUACCUGCAGAGCUCUGGGUUCAGAGGUCAUCCCGGCCCUCCAGGUCCUCCAGGUCCACAGGGUCCACCAGGCACUUUCACUAGAUCAGUUUCCAUCAGUGGAAACUUCCCUCGGGAGAGCAUUCGUGCUGAAAUUCAGGAUUAUCUGACCAGUGACAGUGUUCGUCAAUUCAUCACCGGACCUCCAGGGCCUCAGGGGCCAAGGGGUCAGAAAGGAGAACGUGGAGAGCUUGUUUACGUCCAAGGCAACACACAGAGCCAGGGCUACGCUCAUGGUGACUCCCGCUACGGCUCGGAGCGCAGAGAGAUCGAUAUCAGCAAGCUCGCUGAGACAUUGGACUACUCCAACGUUGCCUUGAAAGUUACAGACUACAUCAGGAAUCAAGGCCUGCUGCAGGGCUACCUGGUUGAGGGUCCUUCGAGGACGAAUGUAAGAGCGAUUCAAGGACCCCCUGGUCCACCUGGUCCUCCCGGACCACCUGGUUACAGCCGUGUCAUCGGGUCCUAUGGCAAUGUCACAGCUGACCUCAUGGAAUUCUUCAGAACCCAUGGCACCAUCCCCGGCCCUCCAGGAAACCCUGGACCGAAGGGAGACAGAGGGUACCCAGGACCCAGAGGAGAAAAGGGUGAUCUUGGACAACAGGGUUUACCAGGAUUACCAGGGGCAUACACUGUCCAGAUUCCACACAGAGUGCAGAAGAGGGAUACAGGUAAAAAAAGUGGUUGGUCGUCGUCAGCUGCAUCGCCGUCAGGCCAAUGGUGGCUAAAGGGUUAACAUACUACUGGAUCAUGUCAGAUUUCAUUUCCAUUUUAUUCAUCUUUUUUUUUUAGGUCUUCAACUGUAGCAAUGCAAGUAGUCAAAACAAUGCUCCUUAUUGUUGCCAUUUGUAGAAAUGUCAGAGAACAAUUGAGAAAAUAAAAGCAGCCAAAAAAUGCAUCAGUCUCUUUAAAACAGCUUCAGUAGAGGUAUGGAUUUAGCUGCUGGUCAGUGCUGUGGUGACACAGACUUCAUUUUUUGACAUGUGGGUGUACAAUGUUUACUUUGUUUAGUUAGAAGCUUGUGUUCAAACAUUUUUCUGGGGGCAGCUUUGUUUAAAUGAAUAUCUAUAUUUUAGCGAUAACUAGCAUUUGCUGAUAGUUUAAUUGCACUUUGCAUCUUUUUCCACUGCUUGUGUUACUUGAGCGUCUGGUGUACUUUUUAUUCUAUUCAAUGUUUUUUGAGGAUUAUAUUGUAUUGAGGACUAUAUAAGUGUUGAAUGUUGUAUCAAGGUAAAAGACUAGAAUAUUUUCAUUAUUAUCCGUCAAGUCAAGCCAUUCUACAGCUUUUAAGACCCCUGGCAGUUAUCCAUUCACCCCAUACAACUUUUUAAAUUUAUAAAGCAAUGCAUCAUUAUCGGAGGUUGUCCGGGUCAGAGUGAGGGCCAUUUGUGCAGUACGG